UGGUUCCUCUGAAGCGGGGGAUGAGCUAGGCGGAGGGCGCUGGGCGCCGGCGGCUGACGCUCGCGCCUGGGAACGGCGGCCUUGGGGCCGAUUUUGGGCGUUGGCUAACGUGCUCUCGGAUAACGUGGAGGAUAAUUUGGACAGCGAGGUCCCUGGGUCGCCGGGUCUUGCUGAAUCCUCCGAUGCCGUGCCAGCAUCUCCGGUGACUUUCAUUGCCGCGGCUGCCUCCUGUUCGGACCUCGCGGCGUCUUCUCCUGCCGCGGCAGCCUCGCCUUGCCCGGAGUCGUCUGCAUCUCAGGUUUCCUCUCCUCCUGUCUCUUUCGUUUCUGACUCUCCGCUAUCCCGUGUUGCAGGGCCCGAUGAUGGGGGGUGGACGUUGGUGAAGCGCAAGAAGUUGGUUUCGUCUGCUGGUUCGAAGGCUGCUCCUAGAGGCGGCAAUGGUCGCAAGGCGUGGAGUGGCCCCCUUCCUCCUCGGCGCAUCACGCCGCCAACUACGUUCGGCGAUCUUCUGGCCAAUGCCUCGCGCUCGGCUUCUGUUCGGAGCGCCUCGCGAGGAGUGCCUGUGAGGUCGCCGCGGCCAGCUGUUCGUGGCCAUGGCGGCACUGAUCUCUCGAGGGCGGAUGAGAAGGGGCUGACAGGAGGCACGCUCUACCUGAGAUCACGCUCGCCCGGCUGGCAGGUGCGGGAUUGUUGCGUGCCUGAUGGUGUCCCUCGUCAGCACGUCGCACGACUUGAUCAGGACGUUCAGGACAGUGGGGCCGCCGAGGGGAAAAGGAAUGUGCCGCGCUCUCAUCGCCAGUUUCGGCAGCCCUGUGAUUUACCAUUUUUGCAUGCACAAGUUUCCAAUUUUGAUCGUGGGCCUGGGGUUAGACACGUUGCCCUCUAUUGUCGUUCUAGUCCCGAAUUGAGUCGUUCCUCUACACCAACGACCAAGCCUGCAGCGUCUCCUGUCUCUUCCAUGGACGGUGGGCGGCAUGGUGGACGUGGGGGCGGAGGUAAUGACAGACGGGGGAAGGCGCAGUGGAUUCGGAAGCAGCGGACGGCUGCUCCUCCGCGUGGCGCUGGGCUUAAUUCUCGGAAUACACAGGCGGCCGGGUCGCCAGCGGGUGACCAGAGGGCUGGGAGCUUACCAGCGACAACGGCGGCAGCGUCUGCAGCUGCGACCUCUGCUGGCGUGGUGGCAUCCGGGGCGCUGGUUCCAGUGGCGCAGGUUGGGGGCGGUGGUGCUAAGCGACAGGCCCCCACCGCAACGCGGGCGCCUCAAGGCGGGGAUGCUGCUGAAUCAUCGGCGGCAGGUGCUGUCCGUACUCGUCUUAACAGGGUGCGCUCGGAUGGCACACCCCUUGUUUGCGAUAUUUGUGAGAGCCCUGACGAUAUUGCUCCUCGGUGCCCCGUUCUUCGGGCGCCGCGAUCACCCCCCCUUUUUGUGGGUAUGGCUUCGCCUAAAUUGGGAUUUUGUGUCAUCAAUUCGGGUGGUAAAAAAAAGAAUCAUGGCGCCUCUCUUUUAGUGCGUGUGCCUGGGGUUUCCUGUUCUGCUGAGGUGGUGUUGCGCGAGCUUGAACGCAUUGUGCCCGUCGGGGAGUGGCAAUGGAACGCUCGCCCGCAUGGUGACGAUGGUUUCCUCGUCCCAUUCCCUUCGCAGUUGGAGCUUGACCGUUUGGUUCGCUUCGAAGAGCUCCAUGUGCGGAGUCCGAAGGUAGUCCUCCAAUUUGAGGAGUGAUCUACACAUUCUCUUGCCCAGUUUCAGGUGCCUAAAGUUUGGGCAAAGGUGCAUGGGGUUCCGGAAGAGAUUCAUGAUUUUGAUCGUUUGUGGAGUGUUGGGCACUUGGUUAGAGAAACCCAUAGGGUCGAUAUGGUGUACACGAGAAAGCACAAAAUUCCUCGCAUGUUGGUGGGGAUUGUUAACCCAGCAGCAAUUCCGAGCAACAUCGAGCUUUCAGUCGAUGGAUCGAUGCACUAUGUGAACUUUGAGUUGGAGGAUACUCGCCUUGCUGAAGAUGAUGAUGAUUUGCUCGAUGCUUCCAACCCAAAUAAGGAUAAAGAUUCUAGGCCUAAUGAUAUGGAUGUUGAUGGUGCUGCAAACGGUUCCAAGUCUGCAACCGAUGUGCCGCCCUCAGGAGGUUCUAAGGGGGGCGGGAGCGGCUUGCAAGGCGGUGGGCCGUUGCCAAAUUCGGUGCGGGCUCAGGUUGCUAUCCCGCUGCAGCCAUCUACCACAAGUUUUUCUUCCCUGGUAACUCCUCAACCUUCAGCUGCAGUUUGUGAUGCGGUGGCCGAAGUUUCAGCAGCUUCUGCUGCUGUGGAAGCCUCCACUUAUGAGCGGGUAGCAGAAGUUUUUCCUGCAGCGGCAGCCCUUCUUCAGGCUGCCUCUACUUGUGUUGUGGAUGCUACUGCAGCUCAGCCACUCCCGGCUGCCAUGGCAGCCCCUCGUCUUGCCGUAGCUUCGUCAUCGACUCCGACUGUUGGUUUACCACCGUUUGGUGCUGAUGUCGUGCCUCCGAUUUCAGCGGGGCCUUCGCAGGUGCUGGGUACUCCACCCUUGUGUGGGAAGAAGCUGGCCUCGCCAGUGGCUCACGGCUUGCACUCCGCUGGUACCGGGGUCUUCGCCCCGAUCGUCUACAGGCGCCGCGGUGUUGCUGGACAGAGGAAGGAGGUGCAGGCUUUGCACCCUUCUCCUUCGCUGGUUUCAAGAGAGUCACAGCUCCAAUUGUUGAUGGGCUGCGGCUACUCCUUGGAGGCGGCGACCAAGGCGGUCGGUCGUAUGGAAGAGUUAGCGUCGCCUCCGGCCGAGCUUCCGCCGUUUACACCGAUGCCCGAGCCUCGUCGCAGCGCUUGUCUCAGUGUCUGGGAGGAUCUCGACGAUGAUUCAAUGGCUCAUGCAAAGAAGUUGGCACAGUCGCGCAACCUCGAAGCUCCUCCAGGUGUUUCUCUUAUGUACAAAUUGGCUGCGAUUAUGGGCGUUGUUACAGAAGGUGCAACACAAGGAACCGAUGGAAUUUGGCGCCAAGCGACUAGAGUGGAUCACCAGAGAGUUUAUAUCCCGGUUUGGGUGGCGUGCUAGCUCUAGGUUACUUAGUAUGUAGACCGGUUUCAUGUGUGGCCUGUCACACUU